AUGGCUGCGGCCUCGCGACCGCCAGUGCAGAAGCAGCACAGGCGCCUGGGUUUGCUGCCCUUGGCGCUGCUGGCCGGGCACGCUGGCCUGGCGCUGUCCUUCCUGGGGAACCCCUUCCGAACUGCAGGUCCACCAAAGGCACCCGUGGAGGAGCAGUCUGACCCAGCAAGCAAAGAGGAGUUUUCUUCGGCGGACCGUCAGGAAUUGCUGGCGGAGCUUGAGAGGAAUUGGCAAACACUUCAUCAGAGAUUGCAGGAGGGCAUCUAUCCCGCAGUGGUGGACGACCCCUAUUUCAUUGUGGAUCCGAAAGGCCUACUGCGGAGGUACCUGGUUGCUGCGCGCUUCGAUGUGAGGGAGGCCAUCAUCCGCUUGGAGGCGACUGCCAAGUGGCGCCAGGAAUGGAAUGUCUUGGACUACUACAGGACCGGCGCUGCCGCAGAGCUGUUCUCUGAGGAAGCCAAUCCCGGGGCUGAGAUGUACUUCGCAGACUCCCUGCUGGUGGACAAGGAGGGGAGGCCCUACGCAGCAGGCCGCCUGAAGUUCGCGAACCCAGAGAACAUGCACCCAUGGCAUCACCUUCGAGCUGGCGUCAUGGUCUUUGAGCUUAUGGCAACCAAGGUGGCAGCGCUGGGCAAAGGCCCCGCCUCCUACAUCCUGGACAUCAGCCCUCCGAAGCAGCAAGGCAAUGUCAGCGGGACUGCGGGCCUGGAGCGCAACUACAACGAGGCCCGCAAUCCCUACUAUUCCCGGGGAGCUGGCAAGGAGGCGCCCUCUGAGGCAAUCCUGGAGGAGCUGGGGAGCCUGGACAAUGGCUUCGCAGUGCUGAAGGCAGCCAUCACCAUCCUGAAUCAGCACUACCCGGGGAUUGUGGGGCGCGUCUUCUAUUUGAACAGUGACAUGCUCUUCUGGGGCGCCUUCAAGAUCUUCUCAAGGUGGAUUUCAGACCGUGGCUCCAUCGACUUCAAGUUCCUAGGCCCGAACGGAUGGCGUGAGGAACCCCUCUCAAGGCUUCUGGAUCACUUCGACCAGAGUCAGCUGCCCGCAGAGUGGGGGGGCACUGGCCCCAGCUUGAAUGGUGACGAGUUCCUGGCGAGGGCCAUUGACCGCUACGAAAGCGAAGCGCAUCACUCGGAGCUGGUUGGAGCGUCGGUGGUCUCCCAGUAUGUGGAGAAGCCGCUGUUGAUCCAGGGCUUGAAGUUCGACCUUCGCGUGUUUGGGGUCACCAGUUACGAGCCACUCCGGGCGUAUGUCUACCGAGAAGGCCUGGUGCGCUUUGCCUCGAAGCCCUACAGCACCGAGGCCAAGCACCUCUCGGACGCAUAUAGACACUUGACCAACUACUCCAUCAACAAGGACUCCUCUAGCUUUGUGGGGAAUUCGGAGAUGCAGGCCGACAAUGUGGGUCACAAGUGGAGCAUCUCGGCCCUGAACCGGCACCUGAGGUGCACCGGCGUGGACGCGGAGCUCAUGUGGACUCGCAUCAUGGAUGUCAUAGUGAAGUCACUUCUCGCAGUGGAGCCAGUCAUCAGUGCUCGCACGAAGACAACUGCGAACUAUGGCCAUAACUGCUUUGAGCUGUACGGCUUUGAUGUGCUGGUAGACGAGCAGUUGAAGCCAUGGCUGCUGGAGGUGAACUUGAGCCCGAGCAUGCAGGCAGAUUCGCCGCUGGACUGGCAGAUCAAGAGUUCAUUGAUAGCGGACAGCUUCAACCUAGUUGGCAUCAACCGGGUCAGCAAGCAGCGCUUGGCGGAGGCCACCAGGGCCAAGGCCAAGGUAGUGAAGGUCCCAGGCAAGCCUCCAGGGCCGCCUGAGAGGCGCAGGCGCCAGGCAGCCACAGGCCGCUCGACGCUCCGGAAGGAGAUAAAGGAGCAGCUCGAGGCUGAUGAUGAGGGCGAGGACCUGCCGCCGGUGUCUUUGGGCGCGUUGGAGGUGGAGGAGCUGCGGAGCACCGCCAACGCGCUGCUGGAGUGCACACGGAACCGGAACUUCAUCCGGCUCUUUCCCACCAGCAACGCAGUGCGCCACUAUGCGAUGAUCGUGGACAGCCAGGAGGCCAUGAAGCGAGAAGCUCAGACACUCUGA